AUCUGUAGCGUUGUAUGGUUAAGAAUGAAGAGGGGCAAAGGUAAUUUAGGAGCACAAGACCAGCUUGUUUCUAAGAAAAAUGCCCAUGAUCAUGGUGAUGGUUUUGAACAACCUAGAAAGAUUGUAGUGAAGGAAACAGAUGAUGCAAGCGACAUGGGCAAUAUAUCCAAGCAUGAAGAACCCCUCAGUCCAAUGGCAUGCCUCAAUGCGGAUGCAUUGUUCGAUAGUUACAUCUUAAUCAUUGUAGGAUUCAAGAAUGAAAUCGACGUCAAGUCCUUGAAAAUUUUAUUACAAAAUAAUCUGGCGAAGCACCAGAGAUUCUCAAGUGUUGCGGUAAAGGAUACGCACAACAAUUUGAAAUGGUGUCCAACAGAGGUGGUGAUAGAGGAUCACGUGAUUGUUCCAUGCUUAAGUCUUUCCACUGUAGAGGAUCCCAACUUCAUAAAUGAGUAUACGAGCUCUCUAGUGACUGCUCCUUCAUUUAACCCAAGCAGGCCUCUGUGGGAAGUCCAUGUGUUAAAUGUUUGUUCUGGAGAUACAAAAGCUAGCCUUGUAUUCAGAAUUCAUCACUCAUUAGGAGACUGUACUUCUAUGAUUUCUCUCGCGAUAAAUUCCACUAGCCAAGCCGCAGAUGCUAACGUGUCACCGACCAUACGACAACAUAAAUCAUCUGACCAGAAAUCCACAGGCUUUCUGCAAUUUUUUUACAACAUGGUUUUAGGGCUUUGGCUCACAUUCCUAAGUAUGCUCCAGUAUGGGGCCACUCUGGUAUGGAAACAAGAUAGGAAUUUAUUGACAGAAGAAAACAGAGCAAAAAUUAGCAAAAAGCGUCUGGCACAUGUGACUCUCAGCAUUGAAGAUAUUUGCUUGGUUAAAAACGCAGUUAAUGGCACAUUGAACGACGUGAUUAUGGGAGCACUUUCUGCUGGAUUAUUGCGUUAUAUGAGUAGGCGACAAUCUGAGCAGCGUCUUCAAUUAAACACGAGGUUUCGAACAAUAGUUGCAGUAAAUUUGAGGCCGUUUACCGUGCUCAAAGAUCUGGACAAGAACAUGGAAAACCCAUCGAAAGUUAUGUGGGGUAAUAAAGUAGGUUUCUGGAUUUUUCCUUUUCCGGCGAUCCACUAUGAAGAUCCCCUUCAAUACUGCCGUGAUAUAACAAUGAUAUCUAGAAGAAAGAAGUUAUCUUCCGAGGCCUACCUAUCAAACGCCCUAGACAAACUCAUGCCAACUAAGUUGGUGGCGUACCUUGUCAGUAUAUUAUUUGCGAGAACCACACUGGUCUUAUCUAAUGUGUUGGGGCCGGUGGAAGAGAUCCAAUUGGGGGAUAACCCCAUAACUCAUAUUAUUCCUACGACUCAAAUUAACUAUGUUUCCAUAAUGAUACAUUUCAUGAGCUACGCUGGGAAGGGGAAGCUGGUUGCGUUAGUAUCAGAAGACGUAAUUCCCAACCCUCAGCAGCUUUGCGAGGAUUGCGCAGACGCCCUGCAAGUGAUGAAAGAAGCAGAAGCUAAAACAACUCCACUAAAUCUAUCUUGAAUGGAACUCUAGGUGUUCACCACCUCCAUUUGCAGACUAUGUUGAGAACUGAUGCCAAAGUAGAUCUGUAGUUUCAAGUAGUUUACAAUAAUUCAGUUUAGCCAGUAUGGUUUAACUGUCAGUCUAAUGUCAGUCUAAUGCUAGUCGAGCAAUAUGAAUUCUCUCUUUUUAGCGUGGUUAGCUAGAGUUAUCUUCUCCCACUGUAGAAUUCUAAUGUUUAGAUAAUGCUUAAACUGCUCUAAUUAGUUUGUCAAGUGCAGUGAACUAUUUGUUCGGUGAGGCUGCAACCUCUAUAAAAAUUGCCUACUACAAAAUGUCAUCAAUCUUCCAUUGAAUUGAAUAAAGAGCUUUGCUUUGUUUGUGUUUA